AUGCAAAUAUCGUGCCCAAACGCCAUGAAUUCACUAACGGCGUUUAACUACCGUCUCUUCGUUCCACACUUCACUGUCAUUUACCCACUACUUAAGAGCUUCAAGUUCAGAACUGCCACAUCCACUGCCAGUUUGGGGUUUUCACGGCGGCGCCGGUCCCCGUUUGUUUGCCGGCAAAGCCGCGGCUACUCGUCGCGGCCGUACCACCAAAUUAUUGCGGAGAUUGAGAAGGACGCGCUGGCUAAGAAGAACGGCAUCGAUUUGACGCAGUUCCCGCCUGAAAAUAUUCGUAAUUUUUCGAUUAUUGCGCACAUUGACCAUGGCAAAUCGACGCUUGCCGAUCGGCUACUUGAGCUCACCGGAACUAUUCAGCGGGGACUCAAUCAGCCUCAGUAUCUCGAUAAGCUGCAGGUAAGCACCUACAAGUUUCAAUUAAUUUCUGGAUUUUUUUUUUAA